GUGUGUAUGUGUGUGUGUGUGUAUGUGUGUGUGUGUGUGUGUGUGUGUCUGUGUCUGUGUCUGUGUCUGUGUCUGUAUGUGUGUGUGUAUCUGUGUGUGUGCGCGCACAUGUGUGAAGGACCUCAUGUAGAGGUUCAAGGACAGCUUUCAAGAGUCAGUUCUGUCCUUCCACCCUGGGACUUGGCGCUUACACUAUGGUUGUUGGGUUAGCACAGCAAACUCCUUUACUUGCUAAGCUUUCUGUUGCCUUCUGUAUCUUCAUUUUUGUCAGUAUUAUGGUUUGUGUGGGUCAGGGGUUUUCAAGAGGGGACAUACAGGUCAGGGAUCAUUUUUGAAUUUAGUAAUAUUUUAAAAGUCCAUCCCAAAGGUAAAUAACUUAGCAUCCUUGGUGUAGUAGACGAAUGGAACUAAAGACUCCAAUUUUCAGUCAAGGAUCAAGUCUUCUUUAGAUUAAUUUUUAUGCAGUGUUAUUCUAAGUAAAGUUUCCCCUGGGAACAAGUUAGAAUUCUCUACUGCAGACCUACCAAGCAGUUUACAUUUGAACAUCAUUCUUCAGGGAUUCAUAAAAUAUUUAUACAAAGAUCAAGAUCGUUAACCAUAAAAAGUUCACAUUUUAACUAAGUCCAGUGGCUUCCACGAGAUGAGAUGUGGUCUGAAGGAUGGUGUGACUACAAGCGACUUCCAGGAAAUCAAGCACAGGGAUGGUAUCACUACAAGCGACUACCAAGAAAACAAGCACCUCCUUGGAACCAUCCCAGUGAUGGCAACCGUUGUGCCAAAGAGACCGCCUCUGGGAGACAAGAGAUCGUCUCUGCUAGCCAGACCUGAUGAAGGAGGCUACAGUAGAUACUACUGUCACGUGGAUUACCAAAAAUGGGAUGAGGGCCGCUGUUUUUCUCAGAAUCCAAGAAGUGGUCCACCCUACAAAAGAGGCCCUUAUGGCUCCCAAUGGUCAAGAAAUGAGUAUGCCACAAGCCGACAGCCUCAAUACAGGGCCAUGAGAAACGGCUUUAGAAGAAGACUUUUCUAUUCUUCCCAUUAUUCAAGACAACGAUCUCCCCAUAAACGGGGCGCUCCUUUUUUGAGAGAAUCACAUGUGGGCGGGAAGGACUCCCUACCCAGCAGAUUUGGCUCCAGUCUCAGCAGUAGAAGCAGGAUGUGCUCCUUCCAUCAGUCUCGACAUCAAUGUAAAGAGAGAGCCAUCCAGUUUUUGAAAACAUCAAGAGAUACUGUGCCUUCAGGUUCUUCAUCCAAGGUGUUAAAAAGCCCCAGCCGGCUGACUGAGAAGGAACAGGCUGAUGCUGCAAGCAAGUGGGCUAAUGAAAAUCCCAAGAAGUCAGAAGAAAAUCACUUGGCUGAAAUGUCCGAGGUUGAGACGGGAUCCAAGGCACCAUUAUGUAUCAACCAGACAGAAGAACCCGAGUCCAACACAAGAGCUGGCCCAGAAUUGUGUGAAGACAGCCAGCUUAGCAGUCGCUCAAAAGCGAUUGCAUCAAAAAUCACGGAGAUUGAGAAGGUUUACCGACAAGUCUGUGAAACUUUCCGGAUGGUGGUGGAAAGGCUGAUUGAAAAGGAUCGUUCGUUAGAUAAAUCUAUACAGUUUGCAAUGAAGCAGAGUUUGCAUGAAAUAGGUGAGCAACAUGUUGAAGAACUCAAGCAUUUCAUUAUGGAGUAUGAUAAUUCUACUCCAGAUUUUGGAGACCCUUUUGAGAAGAAUUAGGGCUCAGUUCAAACAAAUUUUUAAAGCUUCUAGAUUUUUCCCUUUGGACUUUUGAAAUCCUUACUAUUUUGUGAUAAAGAGAAAUACUUUAUGAUAACUGACAACGUUGCUAAGAUCAAAUAAACAUCUACAAUAGUU